AUGUCAGAUCAUUCAGCUACAUCUGGUGUAAAUAUGUCAUCAACAAACUAUAGUGGUACAGGCACAACUUCACAGGUGGAAGAUGCAAACUUGGUAGCGAAAUACGAUAAUGCAAGAGUGAUUGCAUCGGUUUUACAAACUAUAUUACUAAAGAAUAAGAGUGAUGAAUUUAAAAAGAAAGAUACUCAACAAUUAGCAAUUGUAACACUAUCACAUUCGGGUAUAACAUUUACGGUGGAGUGUGGUAAACAAUUUCAAGCUACCGCACAGUUGAAAGCGAGUCUUUUUGCAACCUAUAUGUUUAACCCACCACCCAAUGAAGAAUCGAUCAUCUUUAAGAUCAAUUUGUCGAUUCUCAUGGAUUGUCUCAAUAUAUUCAGUGGGAACAACAGCUCUGCCUACACAGCGAUCACCAUCAUCCAACGUUCAGGCCAACCAUUCACCGUACUCCUCGAGGAGAACGCAACACAAACCAGUUGCUCACUUAAAACCAUGAAUUGUGAUGCACCACUUGAGUUCGACAUUGACUGUGCACCUUUCAAUCGUUUAUUAGUUUCAGCUGAAAACUUAUUGGAAGCAUUUGGAGAAAUCGAUUAUUCAUCACAAUCUGUUAAUAUUUGGAUUUCAAAUCCAGUUCCAACACAACAGGCACCGAAUCCACCGAUGUUUAGAUUGACAACCAAUGGAUCGGCAGGAUCGUUUCAGGUGGAGUAUGGUGAGGAGCUGUUUGAAUACAAAGAGUGUAACAAACCGACUAUAACCUAUAGCUUCCCUUUGGCUUUGAUACAGCCUGCCAUCAAAGCAUUGGCAGUCACCAAUAAAACAAGAAUCACAAUGAAUGCAGCAGGUCUACUGAAUUUCCAACAUUUCAUAAUGACCGAAGAGAAAAAGUUUCCUCAUCUAGUUGAAUUCUACAUAGUAGCACAACAAGAUACAAAUGAAAUGCAUAUGGGUUAA